UCCAAAGCUCCUUUUCAGGUUGACAGCUUAGUCUUUUGUUGGCUCCGAUAUCAAUAGACGUAUUUAUUGAUGUUGUGGCAACUGCGUUGAAUCAAUACACACCGGCCAUAGCCAUUUUACAACAGACGAAUAUUUACCGUGUGUUUUGCCGCAAAGCUAUUGUUACCUGUGUGGCACAUUACGUGGAGAUACACAAUGGUUCCUCAGUGGUGCUUGGAAAAUGCAUCGCACGCUUGUUUGAACAAUAAUUGCUCGUUGCCCGGCCCCUAAGACAAGUCACGUAGCCCCCCAGCACACAGCUGUGAGUGUAAUACAUGCGUCAGUAGUUACUCCAUCUCGGACGUCAGUCGGAGGACCUUACCAAGCUGGAUAAGUGCAUCAAGGAGGAAGAUUUUUUUCCCUGAAAGUGACAGCCAGCUAAUACUGUGAAAUUUGAAAGUGAAAAGUGGCAGCCCUCAAAUUGAGCCAUGAGCCACUGGAGCUUACGACAGAAGCUGAGGGAGUCGGUCAUCGAGGCGGUGAACCGGGGAGACCUAUUAGAAGUUGAAGCCCUCCUGAACAAAGGAGCUGAUGUGAAUGAAAGCGAAGGUGGCUAUCUCUCAAAGCGCACACUGCUGAUUAUGGCAGUGGAGAAGAACUUCUCAGAUGUAGCAAGACUCCUUAUUAACAGAGGAGCAGAUCUUAGUGCUACAGUUAUGGUGAAUAAGCGUGAGUUGACGGUUCUGGAUAUCCCCAAGGAGAGGGAGAUGACAUCACUGGUUGCAGUGAUUGAGAAAAAGGUGCAAGCUAAUCAGAGGUUACUUGCAGCAGUUGAGGAAGGCAACUCAAGCAGUGUCCAAGAAGCAGUGAGGAAUGGUGCAAGCAUCAACCUGCUCCAUAAGGAAGGUGAUGAUUCCCCACAAAUGAACCUCCUUUUCCACGCCCUUGGGAAGGGGCAUGUAGACGUAGCAAACACGCUAAUCCGCGGAGGUAUAGAUCUACAUUUUACUGUCGCUUUUUCAGAUCAGACAACAGAAGAUACAGCAAGAAGCUACGCAGAGCGACUGAACCAAGACGACAUAGUCAAUUUAAUAGACCAGGAAAUAAAGAGGCAAGAGGCGACUCCAGAUGCAAACUCAUGCAAUGAAAACUCACAAGAACGUCAGGGGCUUGCAAAGAGGCAAGGAUUUUCAGAACUUGAAGAUAUAGAAGAUAUGGAUUUUGUGGAACAUCAGGAGAGCAACACCGCAGGACAACGCAAGCAGACACAGAAACGGCCGGGUGCGACUUGUGUCGUCUGCUGAGUGUUAUUGCUGAGUCGCCUAGUGUUAAUGGUUAACUGUGAGGGUAGUUUCUACAUUGUUAAGCUGGAAGCAAGUUUUGAGUGCAAACUUUGGUCAAUCAUAUUUUGACACAGUUCACUUCAACAAAUGAUGGUUAGACUUCUCUUUCUGGUCGACUGUUUGGAAUCAUAUCUUUAGCACGGUUGCAUAACUACAUGUAAUUCUAAGUCUUAAGCGUUCAUUCAAAAUUGUAUAGACUACUCCGGCGGCAGCCAUUUUCUGCGGUGGCGCAAGGCUUGUGCGAGUCGCGCUCAGGUAGGGCGCAUGCUCUUCGGGUGCAUUCGACCAAUAGGAAUACUGAAAUGUGCGCGUGCCAUGUCUUGAAGAACGCAUGCAGCAUGCGUGUGAGAGUGACACCACCGCAGUAAAAGCUUCUAAUUCUGGUCACCGGAUUCCACUAUACAGAUUGAAGAAUUGACAUGAACAUUCUACUACAAAAAGAAAAAAAA